UCGCCUCUUCCACGCUUCUCGCUCUUUCGGUGGUCUCUGCUCUUGCUAUCGCCCCCCCCACCCCACCCCCACGCACAUAGGUCCUUUCGUCGUGGGUCUAAGAAGCGCAGAGAUUGUUAUUAUUUUUUUCUCUCUCUCGUGAGGGCUUGUGAAAAGGUCUUUGGUCUUAGACCGGAUUUUUAAAAUUUAGAUUUUGCCGAAGUUUUGGUGGAUGAUAUUUUUCAAAAAAUAUUUUGAUCAUUGCUGGUCUCACCUACUCGUCGAUUGCAAUUGAUUAUUAUCAUUAUUUUUUUUAUUCAUCAUUCCCAAAGUAAAAUAAAAAGAGAUUGAAGAAAAGAGAGAUAAAGAAAACGCAUCACAAGUGAUUUCGGAAAGUGUGGCAUCAUGAAUUGAAGAAAAGAUUCGCAGAUUGUACGGAUAAGCUGAGCCAGUAGGCCUUCCUCUGUGUCGAAACUGGCCGCUGUUGAUAUUGGUCCUAAGGAGAGUGAAUUGUACGAAUAAAGAGUGGCAGGAUAUAUAUUUUGCUGUUUGUUAUUAUUCGGUCUCGUGAAUAUUUCGCACGUGUGACAACAACCCACACCGACUUAAUGGAUAAAUAAAAGAAAAGAGGAAAGUGUGAGAAAAAAAGGAAGAGAGUUACGGGAUAAAGAAUAAUAAGACGAAUGAUGGAGAUUAGCCGCCUAUAACCACCAAGUAAAAGCCAAAUAAAAUACAGAAAGAUAGUUUAGUGAAACUUGAAAGAGAGAAAAGCGCUGAAAAUCGAAUCCAUCCCUGAAAAAUAUUUUCGGAAGGGCACAAUGCGGUUGUUAACGAUGGUGGUGUUGAUGAUGGCCAUGGUGGUUAUGGUGCUGAGUGACGGAGUGUCCUCCUCGACGCGGGCAGGUGGAGGAGGAGUAGGUGGAGGAGGAGGUGGAGGUGGUGGAGGAGGAGGUAGAAGAGGAUUUGGAGCCGGGAUGACCAGGGACCUGACGAUGAAACUGCGCCUCGUGGACAAUGGGUAUGACGACGUGGUGGUCAAAAUCGAUGAAGAUAUACCGGCGACUUGGUGUAACGGCAUCUUCCUCGGUUUACAGGUAAGAGGUGAUGUCCCAAAGCUUGAUGGAUUCACUCCGAGGGAGAGAAGAGAAGAAGAAGAAGAAGGAAGAGGAGAAAGAGAGGAGAAAAAGAAGAGAAAAGUGCAAGGUAUUGAAAGAAUAUAAUGUCGC